AUGAAGAUUAUCCAAUGUCUCCAGGCUUACAGGGAAGAUGGAGAUGACUGGACCUUCGAUCAUUAUUCUAUCGUACUUUCACAGGGCACCGAGGUGUUCAAAGCACAGAGUCAACUCGAAUUUACUAUCUCUCUGGACAUCGACGCCGAACAACUCGAUUGCCCUCUGAUUCCCAUUCCAAAAGAAGAUCUUUGGCCUCCAUUCACGGACCAUCUCACGCUUGCGCCCCACCCACUACCAAAUGACACAUUUCUCAAAAAGCCCUCAUUAAUCGGAUUGGGCUCAGAAACAGGUCCUAAACCUCGCGAAAUAUUACUUCACGAGGCGCACAUGUGCGAGAUACUGCGCCGUCAUCCACAUCCACAUAUUGCCUCGUAUCUAGGCUGCGUCCGUGAUGAAGGCCUUGUCACCGGUCUUUGCUUCGUCAGAUACAAAGAAACCUUAUCAGACCGUUUGAGAGACAGCAAUCGACCUUUGAACCUCCGUUCAUGUUUGAAAGGCGUCAAAAACGGCCUUGAUCAUCUUCACGAUCUAGGUUUGAAUCACAAUGAUAUUAACCCCGCAAAUAUCAUGCUGGACAAGGAGGACGUGCCGAUCAUUAUCGACUUCGAUUCAUGUCAGAGGGAGGGUGAUUUAUCGUUCGGUAUCGGCACACCCGGGUGGACAAAUGGUUCGAUCACUGGGAUUUCGGUGCGAAAGAAUGAUGACUUUGGAUUGAUGCAGCUCUACAAGAACUUUCUCAAAGAUGCUUGA